AUGGCACCUCCCACGGACAGAGACAUCCUUCCCGACACGAUCAAGCCUCUGAACUACGACUUAUCCCUGUUCAACCUCGAACUCGGCGGGAAUUGGUCUUACGAUGGCCUGGUCAAGAUCGAGUCCAAGGUCAAGAGUGACACGCAGGAACUGGUGAUCAAUACCAAGGAGCUCGAAAUUAAAGAUGCGCAGGUCCUCAGUAAAACCACGAUCACAUCGAUGACCGAUGUCUCCUAUGAUAAGAGCGAUGAGCGAGCGACAAUCAAGUUCUCCGCGAACAUUCCUUCGGGUGACGCCGUGAUCGCCAUCAAGUACAAGGGCACCAUCAACAAUGCUAUGGCAGGGUUCUAUCGUUCCAAGUACAAGCCAACCGUAACACCAGCGUCAACUACUCCCACGGAUGGCGAGUAUCACUACAUGCUGAGCACUCAAUUUGAAGCAUGUGAAGCACGAAGAGCAUUCCCCUGUUUCGACGAACCAAACUUGAAAGCAUCGUUCGAGUUCGAGGUUGAGAUCCCAGAAGACCUGGUGGCGCUGAGCAACAUGCCAGAGAAGAGUGUGACGAAAGGCAGCAAAGAUGGCCUGAAGAAGGUUGCCUUCGAGAAGACGCCCGCGAUGAGCACUUAUCUGGCUGCCUGGGCCAUUGGUGAUUUUGAGUACGUCGAAGGGUUCACAGAACGCAAGUAUAACGGCAAAAACCUGCCUGUUCGGGUAUAUACUACCCGGGGGCUGAAGGAACAGGGCCGAUUUGCGCUGGAACAUGCCCACAAGACCAUUGACUACUUCUCCGACAUCUUCGGAAUCGAAUACCCUCUUCCGAAAUCUGACCUGCUUGCGGUACACGAAUUUGCGAUGGGUGCCAUGGAGAACUGGGGCCUGGUGACUUAUCGAACAACUGCUGUCCUUUUCGACGAAGAGAAAUCCGAUGCUCGCUUCAAAAACCGGGUAGCAUAUGUGGUUGCUCACGAAUUGGCCCAUCAAUGGUUCGGCAACCUCGUCACGAUGGAUUGGUGGAAUGAGCUCUGGCUUAACGAAGGCUUCGCGACCUGGGUUGGCUGGCUGGCUGUCGAUUAUCUGCACCCGGAGUGGAAGGUGUGGAGCCAGUUUGUGGCUGAAGCUGUCCAACCAGCUCUCGAACUCGAUUCCCUACGCGCCUCGCAUCCGAUCGAAGUCCCUGUUCGCAACGCUUUGGAAGUCGACCAAAUAUUUGACCAUAUUUCCUACCUCAAAGGAAGCUCCAUCAUCCGGAUGCUGAGCAAUCACCUAGGUCAGGAGGUGUUCUUGAAGGGGGUUGGAGACUACCUCAAGCUUCAUGCUUACGGGAAUGCACGAACAAAUGAUCUCUGGGCGGCACUCAGCGCAGCUUCCGACCAGGACGUUCAGACCUUCAUGGAUCCCUGGAUUCGAAAGAUCGGAUUCCCCGUCGUCGCGGUUGCUGAGGAACCAGGACAGAUCUCUCUCCGCCAAUCCAGGUUCUUGACAACGGGCGAUGUGAAACCGCAGGAAGAUGAGACUACCUGGUGGAUUCCCGUGGGGCUGAAGACUGGCACGCCGGCGAAAGUUGUCCACAGUGCAUUGACGGCGAAGGAAGAUACUGUCCGGAAUGUGGACGACGAUUUCUACAAGAUCAACGCCGACCAGAGCGGCUUCUACCGAACAAAUUACCCACCCCAGCGGUUGUUGAAGCUUGGGAAAGCUCCCGAUCGUCUGUCCAUCGAAGACAAGAUCGGCUUGAUGGGCGACGCAACAGCGCUGGCCAUUUCAGGCAAUGGGACCACUGCUGCCCUUCUGUCCUUGUUGGAGGGCUUCAAGAACGAAGACGAUUACUUGGUCUGGUCGCAGAUCGCAACCUGUCUGUCCAAGGUUCGGGCGGUCUUUGCAGACAACAAAGAGAUUUCGGCCGGGCUCAAGAAGUUUUCUCUCGAGUUGUUUUCUCCCGCGGCCGAAGCUAUCGGUUGGGAGUUUCCAAAGGACGAAGAAUGGCUAACUGGUCAGUUACGCAAGCUUCUCCUUGCUUACGCCGCCGGAGCCGGGCACCAAGGGAUCAUUUCGGAAGGCAAGAAGAAGUUUGCGGCCUGGAAGGCUGGUGACGAAAAGGCGAUUCACCAGAAUCUUCGAGGCGUCAUCUUCAAUAUGGCCGUUGCCAACGGUGGCCAAGACGAAUACGAUACCAUCAAGGCCGAGUUCAGAAAGACAACAUCGGUGGAUGGCAAAGAGAUCUGCCUACAAGCGUUAGGUCGAUCGAAAAGCCCAGAUCAUGCGUGGGAUUUGCUUGAGUUCGUCAUGUCAGAAGAGGUGCCUCCUCAAGAUGCUCACGGGGGAAUCGCGGCGGUCGCAGGCAACAAUGAAACUCGAAAAGUAGCAUGGGAAUUCACCAAGAAGAACUGGCAGAGGAUCGAAAAGAUACUGGGAGCGACGAAUGUCGUGAUUGAGCGGUGGAUCAGGGUGGGUUUGGCGAAGUAUUCUGAUGCAGCGAUCCGAGAUGAAAUCGUCGACUUCUUCAAGGACAAGAACACGGCAGCGUUCAGCCGGAGCUUGGUGAUUGUGUCGGACACCAUCACGAGCAAUGCCAACUACAAGCAACGUGAUGAAGCCCAACUGUUGGAAUGGUUGAAGGCUCACAAGUAUCUUUGA